AUGGAGACACUGGAGAAGCCUGAACUCUGCUUUCCACAUCGCCUUAAUGCCUCCUGCAGGAAACAUGCACGUCCUCACUCUGAGGCAAUGCUCAUUUAUAUUCUAGUGUCCUGCAUCUCUCUGCUCACUGCGAGUCUCAACCUGCUGGUCAUCGUCUCCAUCUCCCACUUCAGACAGCUCCACACUCCCACCAACCUCCUCCUUCUCUCUCUGGCUGUCUCUGAUUUCCUUGUGGGUCUCAUCGUGAUGCCGUUUCAGAUCCUCUUUCUAGAACCCUGCUGGUUUCUAGGUGACGUGAUGUGCACUUUAUAUUUCUUUGUACCGUAUAUCACUACUUCUGCCUCAGUGGUGAACAUGGUGCUGAUCUCAGUUGAUCGUUUUAUGGCCAUUUGUGACCCUCUGAGCUACUCUACAAAAUUUUCUCAUAAAACAGUUAAACGCUGUGUCCUGCUGUGUUGGCUUUAUUGUGUUAUGUACAGUUUCAUGAUUUUAAAUGACAACCUAAAGCAACCAGGCAGGUUUAACUCCUGUUAUGGUGAAUGUGUGAUUAACAUUAAUGGAGCUCUUGAUUUUGUCCUAAGCUUCAUCAUUCCCAUCUCAGCCAUUAUCAUCCUGUAUGUGAGGGUGUUUGUGGUGGCUGUGUCUCAGGCUCGUUCCAUGCGCUCCCACGUUACAGCUGUUAAACUGCACCGUUCACUGACUGUGACUGUCAGGAAAUCAGAGAUCAAGGCAGCAAAGACUCUUGGUGUGACGGUUGUUGUCUUUCUCAUGUGUUACUUUCCUCCUUACUGUUUGUCUCUCUCUGGAUAUAACAUCACAAUCGGUACUUCAACUAAUGACUUUUUAGUUUUUCUGCUUUUGUCGAACUCUUGUCUGAACCCUGUGAUUUAUACUUUUCUCUACCCCUGGUUUAGAAAAUCUGUUAAACUCAUUAUUACUUUACAGAUACUGCAGCCUAAGUCCAGAGAGACUUGUAUAAAGUAGAUCGUUUUUAAAUAUAAUGAUUGCAAAAAAAUUGAAUAUAAUUAUUAAAUAUAAUAAAAAAACUGUUUUCAAGUUAAAACUCUGACUAUGUGAAAUGAUUAAUAUUGUUUGUUCUGCUGAUUCUCCUUGUCUUCUGUAAUUUUCUGUCUCUCAGGCACUGUCUCUAGCAGCCUUCAGAAUCAGAGGCUCCAUGCUCACAUGAUGACUUCACAUCAAUCAGUAUUGCAUUUAUUACUAAACCCCCACUUUUCACUUUGUUUACCACAAACCACACUGUCAGUGACAAGUGAAACAUUAACUGGACACGUCUUUAAACAAGGGUUAACCAUUAGGAGUGGGCGAUACUGCAAACUUUGGAGUCGAUCCGAUACCAAGUAAAUACUGGACCUGGAUUAAUGCAUUAUCAAAUAUAAGUACAUUUUCAUGACUUUCAGGUGUUUGGUUUUCAAAUUGUUUUCA